AUGGAGAGAGAGAGAGAGAUCACCACAUUUGAGGCUCGAUCGAACGGCUCUAGCAGUUUGAUUGAGAAGCUUCUGGGCAAGGCCUUGAAUGAUGACAUUCUUGCAAAGCUCCGAAGCCUUUUCGCCAAAAAAUGCGGCCCUGUACGUGGUACGGCGCUGCUGCCGGGCAGUGUAUGCUUUUGCCUCCAAGACGUCCGAAAAGGGAAAGACCAAGGUGCACCAGAGACUCAGUCGAUGCAGCCAGUCGUGUUGCUUCCAACCGAGUCGGGCUACCAUGGGAGCCACAGGUAUUGCGUGGUGGGUGGCCUUCCACCCUUGCCCAAGAAGGUUUAUCGAGUUCGAUGGUCGUCCUUGACUCCUUUGGAUUCGGGCGACGAGGACAUUAUCUUCCGACAUUAUCGGAUCCUUUGGCGACGCCCAGGCACCAAGGAAGAUGAGCUGGUGGAGCUGGCUGCCCCGAGCGAGCGAGGCCUUUGUCAGAUCCUGGCCGUAGAUGGCGUGCACGAGGUGAACCCAGAGGAACUCAGCUGGAACCGUGCCAUGCCAAAGAGGUUUGAGAUGGAGGCUUAG